GGCUUUAAUGUCAUCUUAGUAAAAUGAACUCAUGUUCUUUGAGUGUACCGAACAUUUUCAAAAUUAGUAAACACUAAAUAUUGACACACACGCCAUGCGUUUAUUUUAUCAUUCUCCUUCUUCUUAUCAAUCAUAUAUUACAUCAAUUGUUUAUAUGGGAUUUGACACUGCAGGAAGCUCUUUCGCGUUUGCGGACUCGAAAGCUUGGCUUCGUGAGGUACUGAAGGAGAAUUCUCCUUUGGUUAUGUCGACGUUAUGGUGGGUGUGGCGGCUGCGUAAUGUCUGGUGCAUGGAGGGUAAGUUGAUUCCUUGGCAGGUGUUGAGAGGUGAUAUUUUAGCUAUGUUUGAUGAUAUAGCUCGUUGUUAUGCAGUCGAUGUUGAUGCGCCUAUGCAUACUCCUCGGUUAGUUAGAUGGACGGUGGGUCUGGCUGAUUGUGUUGUGCUAAAUGUAGAUGGUAGCGUUCAUGGGACUCCUCAGCGUGGUGGCUUUGGGGGGUGCUUCAGAACUAUACACGGGAAUUGGCUUAGGGGGUUCUUUGGCUACCUGGAUGAGUGUUGCAUUCUGCAUUUGGAGCUUCUUGGCAUGUUCCAUGGUUUAUCUCUUGCUUGGGAGCAGGGGUAUCGAAUUGUGGAGUGUCAAUCCGACUCUCAAGACGCAGUGACUCUCGUCAAGUCCACGCCGUCUUCGUGUCAUCGUUAUGCCGCUUUAGUGUGGGAUAUUAAAGAUCUCCAGAGCAGGGACUGGAUUGUGGAGCUUCGACAUACUUUACGUGAGGGGAAUGCUUGUGCGGAUUUGUUGGCUAAGCAUGGGGCGGAUCAGAAUGAUGACUUAGUUAUAACUGAGAACCCAAUUGCGGGGUUAGGAGUGCUUUUGUUGGCUGAUGCGUGUGGUGUCUCCUUUGUGAGACCGUAGUUUUUGUUUUCUUUAAGGAAAUGUACCAAAAAAAAUAUAUUACAUCAAUUAGUUCUUUCUCUU